AUUAGUACAGUAGUCUCCCUAUUCUAUUCCUCCCUAUCUGAACUUCUCUGUUUACUGGGGAAAGCGAAUAGCCGGAGCUACUGAGAAUGGAGGCAACUGCUCUUAAAGCCCUAGCAAUAGCAGCAGCAGCUCCAUUCUACUAUUUUCCCCCUUUCCGCAACACAGCGUCACCUUUCCUCUUUCGCUCCCCCACUUGCAACCCUCCACGCUUUCACCUCUCUCUGUCUUCUCCUCCUCUAUGCUCUCUCGGUGAAGGAAGAACUGAGACUGCUCUGCCUCAUGGAGCAGGGGAUUCUCUCACCUCUGAGGUCUCCCACCAUAACAUUCUUCAAGUGGUUCUUGUUUCUCCUCAGAUUCCUGGAAACACAGGCUGCAUCGCCAGAACAUGUGCAGCAUCAGCUGUUGGCCUACACCUAGUUGGGCCAAUAGGAUUUCAGAUAGAUGAUGCAAAAUUGAAGCGUGCUGGUUUGGAUUAUUGGCCAUUUGUGGUUGUAAAAGUUCACAAUUCAUGGGCAGAAUUUAAGCACUAUUUCAUUCAACAGGCUGGGGAAAAGCGGUUGCUUGCAUUUACCAAGAGAGGAACAAAUAUUCACUCAGAUUUUUCUUACAGAAGAGGUGAUUAUCUCAUAUUUGGUUCAGAAACCUGUGGCCUACCAAAUGAGGCCUUGCAAGACUGCAAAAGUGAAGAAUUUGGUGGAGGGACUGUUAAAAUUCCGAUGGUUGAAACUUAUGUUAGAUGUCUCAAUCUCUCUGUUAGCGUUGGCAUAGCUCUGUAUGAGGCUUCCAGACAGCUAGACUAUCAGCAGCUUCAGUUUCCUGCUGAAGAUUCUAGCAACAGCGAACAAGCAUUUGUUACUGAGGAUAUUUUUGCUUAAUGAAACUGUAUUGGAUUAAAAGAAAAGUAUUAAAAGUCAUAGCUUUGUGUCAAUGGGAACUCCAUAAAGAAAUAGAGAUUUUUCUCCAACGAAGUUCUGGAUUGUGAAAUAUUAAAUUCAGACAGCUACAACACCCUGGAUCCUUGUGAGCUCUCGGUGAACUUGAGUAUUAUUCCAUGAUAUUAGAAUUCAGCAAUUGGUUCAAGUAUCCUUAUAUUGAAUUGUUAGGGCAGUUUUUUUGUUGGGUUUUAUGCCCUUAUAAAAUUAUGUCAGACAUGUAACGCGAUUUUAUAUUGUCAAUAAAAGAAGUAGGAAUUAUUUAGUUUGACAAA